AGUAGCUAGCGUAAUCUCAUUAACAUAAACCAGGUCAACCGGAGUUGGCUUGACCAUUCUCCAUUUGUGAACCUUUUGGAUUCAUCGACACUCCCUGCAUCGCCCUACAUGUAACAAACCCAUGCUCGCUAAUCAAAGCACGCCACGUCACCUUUUGGAGACAGAUUGAAAUUACUAAAAUGCCCAAAAUGAUAUUCGUCGUGCGUUUUGAUUGGCCACGUGUAAAUCUACAAAACGGAUGAGGACGUAGACAAUUGCUUGUCCCGAUAUGCUCCUCCCUAUAAAUUCCCCUCUCCUUUCUCGUGAAAUCUCAACCGGCGUUUCUCUCUGGUUUCAUUUCUUCCCCCUUCUUCUUCUUCUUCUUCUUCGUAGUUCAUCGGAAAGAAAAAAAUAAUUCUUGAGGAGUCCGAGGCUUAGGCUAAGGCAAAAACUUCUGCAAGAACUGGCUAACUCUCAAGGAAUUCUGGAGGAAGAAGAUUCCAGUAAUCAAAGGGUGGUUCUCGCCCUGUAUGAAGCCUUAAGCUCUCGUAACGUGAACACCGUUCACCAAAUCCUCGCUCCUGAUCUAGAGUGGUGGUUCCAUGGUCCGCCGUCUCACCAAUUUCUGAUGCGCCUUCUCACUGGAGCUUCAUCCAACGGUCAAUCUUUUCAAUUCGUUCCUCAAUCAAUCACAUCCUUCGGCUCUACCGUCCUCGUCGAAGGUUGCGAUCCGAGCCGUUCAAUCUCCUGGAUCCACGCUUGGACUAUCACGGAUGGGAUAAUUACACAGCUUCGUGAAUAUUUCAAUACCUCUCUCACUGUGACUCGUGUUGGAGAUCCGACUGAGUAUCCGUCUACAUCGUCCUCCUCGGCGUCGGAGAUUUCGACUGCUCCGUCGUUGCAUCAUUGUCCUUCUGUUUGGGAAAGUAGCGUUUCAAAUCAGGUAGGAAAAUCGGUUCCCGGACUGGUGUUGGCCAUUUAAUUAAAUCUCUCUGAUUGGGUAGGGCCGCAAUUGUACUGUAAAAAUAAAAUAAAUUGAGAGAUGUGAGAAACUUGGGAUUGUGCGUCUUUGGUUUGGUUUGGUUUGGUUUGGUUUGGUUUGUUUCCGGUUUUAUUUAAUUUGAAGGGUUUGUUUGUGUGAUAGUGAUAGUGUGUGUGGUGGAGUAGGGGUAAGCACCAUGGAGAUGAGAUCGUAUUGGUGGAUUUCCGAUGUAUUUGUAAUGUUCAUAAUAAGGACAUGUUCCAAUGUUUGGGUUAAAAAUGGCAUUUAUUUUCCUAA